AGCCUGUCCCGCUGCUGCUGCUGCUGCUAGCCAAGCGACACAUCCGCUGCCGGACUGUGGAGAUGCGCCCGGUUAAACUUUCUUAAAUCAAACCGGCCCUCUCAGCGCCUUCAGGGCCGAGCAUACCGGCAUGGUUUGUAGAGGAUGGAAACGGACGAAGUGUCGAUUAGAGAGCAGCUUUUCCACAACCGCGUCCGGGAGGCGAUAAUCUGUGUCCUCCUGUUUACGUGCCUGUACAUGGUGUGCUACCUGGUCCUCACACACUUCAAAAAGGCUGCGGAGUUUGUCACGGACGACAUCGAAGAUGCCACCGUCAACAAAAUUGCGCUCUGGUUGUGCACGUUCACUCUGUCUGUCGCGGCGUGCGCUGUGCUGCUUCUGCCCAUCUCCAUCCUGUCAAACGAGGUGCUGCUCACCUUCCCGCACAGCUACUACAUGCAGUGGCUCAACGGAUCCCUCAUCCACGGGUUAUGGAACGUAGUGUUUUUGUUCUCCAACCUGUCCCUCGUCUUCCUCAUGCCUUUUGCAUAUUUCUUCACUGAGUCAGAGGGAUUUGCUGGAUCCAAAAAGGGAGUAAUGGCGCGGGUUUACGAAGCUGUUGUCCUGCUGAUCCUGUUGGCGCUCCUUGUGCUGGGCAUUGUGUGGGUGGCAUCAGCCCUCCUCCAUGACAACAUCGCCAGAAAGAGCCUCUACGACCUGUGGGAGUAUUACUUGCCAUACCUGUACUCGGGGAUCUCUCUGUUCGGAGUGCUGCUGCUUUUGCUGUGCACCCCGUUUGGGUUGUCUCGAAUGUUCAGUGUUACCGGCAGCCUGCUGGUCAAACCUCGGCUCCUGGAGGACGUAGAAGACACGCUGAGCUGCACCGCGUUCGAAGAGGAUUCGCUCCGCAGGAAGCUGAAUUGUAAGCGUCGUGAAGGUGGCAGUCCAUCCUGCUGGGUGAAGCUGAACAUGGAGGCCAUGAGAAAGGAGUACCAAACAGUGCAGAGCAGGCGUGUCGCCCUGGAGAUGCGGAGGAAGGCGUCGCCGUGGCAGCGCAACCUGGGCUACCCUUUGGCGAUGCUAAUGCUCCUCGCUCUGACGGUGAUGUGCGUGCUGAUGGUCUGCUUCAACGUGUUGGAGCUGCUGCUGGACGACACGGCCAUGCCCCGCGGGAUGGAGGACCCUCACCUGGGACUGGCCUCCUUCUCCAUGUUCGGCUCACUGGGUGCUGCCGUUCAAGUAGUCCUCAUCCUCUACCUAAUGGUGUCCUCAGUGGUGGGCUUUUACAGCUCCCCUCUCUUCUGUGGCCUCCUGCCUCGUGCAAAAGACACUAACCUCACACAGAUCAUCGCAAACUGUGUUUCGCUGCUGAUUCUGAGCUCUGCACUGCCUGUUUUUUCACGCACACUAGGGAUCACCCGCUUCGACUUGCUGGGAGACUUCGGGCGGUACAACUGGCUGGGGAACUUCUACGUUGUGUUCCUGUACAACAUGCUGUUCGCUGGUCUCACCUCUGCCUCCCUCACAAAGACGGUCACCUGGGCGGUGCAGAGAGAGCUCAUCCGUGCCUUUGGACUCGACAGGUUGCCUUUAACCGUGUCGCGGUCUACCAUCCCGUUGAAGCUCCUCCUGGCCAGCGGGCUGUCUAAGAUCCAGUGACCUCGCUUCUCACUCCUCGCCACUGGUUGUUCUAACCUUCUUUUUUAAAAAGGCCAAACCACUUUGAACGUGCACCAGCGAUUCAGGCCUCCUCCCGGCUGUCAGAAAAGCCCGGGGACCUCCCCUCCCCGCCUUUUAAAGCGACGGGCGAAGACGCGCCCGCCUGCUGUGCGCCCAUGUUGGCGUGCUUCGUGAACAAUGCGUCCGGAUCCGAAACUGUGCCGCUAUGUGACCGCGAGCCGAGCCAAGUCAUCGUGGGCAAGGAAAAAAAAAAAAA